CGGGGGAGCGGCUCGGGCCCUCGCUGGGCGCUGCGCGAGGGUUGGGCUGGGCUCGUUCCCGCGGCCAGCUCCGGAGCGAUGCUGCGAGUGCGGUGCCUGCGCGGAGGGAGCAGGGGGGCCGAGGCGGCGCAUUACAUCGGGUCCCGGCUUGGAAGAUCCUUUACAGGAUGGGUGCAGCGAACUUUCCAGAGCACCCAGGCAGCUGCCGCCUCCCAGAAUUCCUGUGGUGUUGAUGACAAUAAGGCCACUGCCCCUGUUCCCGAGGCCUGCCCUGUCUGCUCAUACAAUGAAUGGGACCCCCUGGAGGAAGUAAUUGUGGGGAGAGCUGAAAAUGCCUUUGUCCCUCCUUUUUCUGUGGAGGUUAAGGCCAACACGUAUGAAAAGAACUGGGGAUUCUAUCAGAAGUUUGGAGGACAGAGCUUCCCCAGAGAUCACUUGAAAAAGGCUACUGCUGAAAUUGAAGAAAUGUGCAAUAUUCUGAAAAUGGAAGGAGUAAUUGUCAAGAGGCCUGAGCCAAUUGACUGGUCAGUCAAAUAUAAAACACCUGACUUUGAGUCUACAGGUAUGUAUGCUGCCAUGCCAAGAGACAUCUUGUUGGUAGUUGGAAAUGAAAUUAUUGAAGCACCAAUGGCUUGGCGUGCUCGUUUCUUUGAAUACAGAGCAUACAGGCCAGUCAUCAAAGACUACUUCCACCGGGGUGCCAAGUGGACAACUGCGCCCAAACCCACAAUGGCCGAUGAACUCUACGACCAGGAUUACCCCAUCCGCUCAGUACAAGACCGACAUAAACUGGCUGCUCAGGGAAAAUUUGUGACAACUGAAUUUGAGCCAUGCUUUGAUGCUGCUGACUUCAUUAGAGCUGGAAGAGAUAUUUUUGUGCAGAGAAGCCAGGUUACCAACAAUUCAGGCAUUGAGUGGAUGCGGAGACAUCUUGCACCAGAAUAUAGAGUGCAUACUUUGUCCUUUAAGGAUCCUAACCCCAUGCACAUUGAUGCCACGCUUAACAUCAUUGGGCCUGGUCUUGUGCUGUCCAAUCCAGAUCGUCCAUGCCACCAGAUUGAAUUCUUCAAGAAAGCAGGCUGGACAGUGAUUCAUCCUCCAUUGCCACUUAUCCCAGAUGACCACCCACUAUGGAUGUCUUCAAAAUGGCUCUCCAUGAAUGUCUUAAUGCUGGAUGAAAAACGAGUGAUGGUGGAUGCCCAUGAGAUUCCAAUUCAGAAGAUGUUUGAAAAUCUAGGUAUUUCUACAAUUAAAGUGAAUAUUCGCCAUGCCAAUUCCUUGGGAGGUGGUUUCCAUUGCUGGACAUGUGACAUUCGCCGUCGUGGUACCCUACAGUCGUAUUUAGACUAGUCUUCAGCCAGAUGAGCAACCAUGGUUCAGCUUGUGUGAAAUAAGCAUAGGAAACAAACAAACUUACUUCCACUUUUCUGCUAAAACGAAUGCAUGAGCUGUAGUGUUUAAGCAAUGGUGUCCCUUACAGUGGUCUGAACAGGUAUUCCACUCUUCAUAGUAGGUAGAUGCAUUUGAAACUACUCCCAUCAGCACCACAGGUCUUCUGGCUGGCUUUUUGAAAGAUUUUCCUCUGUUUGUGAAGCCACUUCAGCUUGGCUUCAAAAGUAAAAACUUGACAAUACACCUAGGGCUCUUGCUAGAAUAGCUUGACCACUAAUAUUAGACAUCUACCUCUACUUAAUAUGCUAUCAAAAAGGCAGCUAGAAAUGUUAGACCUGAGUUUAACAUUCGUUUUUCUUUCCAAUCAGUGUUUGUGUGAUAUAUCACAAUUUUUAAUACUAUUAAAACAGACUUAACCACCCAGAGCUUACAUGGAACCAGAUAAUUACAUCUUUAUGUAUAACACUCUUUAGAUUAGUUGGAUUAUACAAGCAUUAAGGGAAAUACUUCAGAAUUAUAUUAAUCUCCUCAGUUAUACUUUGAAAAAAUCUGGGUUUUUUUACUUACCUCCCAUGUUCUAAAAGUUUCUACUAUGUUUUCCUCUUCUAGAGUAUUUUAUCCAAAUGUAUAAUGCUUCACUGACCACUUUUAUAUUGCUGUAACUGGUUCUCUUAUUUAACUCUUUGUGUGCCCACGUGAUACCUGAGAUGCUAUGUCUGCAAGUUUCAUCUUGUGAAUGUUUACAUAAAAUGUAUGGUUUCUUAAUAAACUAAAGCUUAUGAGCAAAUGCUGGAUCUGUAAUGAGAGCACACAUGAUGCUGGGAAACAGUUUUAAUGUUGAUUACUGGACAUGUAUUUUUUAUGCUAAUAAACUUUUUUGCAUUCACAGUUUAA